AUGACAACGCUACCUGAAAGGCCAGGGGAGUCGUCUGUCGAUCAACCUCCUGAGCUGUCAGAUGAAUACCUAAUUGCCAACCUUGCCCAUCGGCCGCCUCACCAGCUAGCGGGACGAAUCUCAAUCUCGAACCCUGCAAAGCCUUCCGCUCUUCCGCUUUGCGAUGGCCCCUCGUCUAUGGGCAUCUUUGAUCAUCUCCCUCUCGAGAUUCUCCAGGCCAUCUUGAAUUUGUUGGACUUUCAGGCUCUCUCCCGCCUCUUACGUACUUCCCAGCGAGCUAAAAGAGCCAUUGAGUGCCUACCGGCAUACCGGGAGCUCAUGGAACAUGCUCCAGAUACCCUUACAGCGCUGGGAAAAUCUUGUCUUAUCACUGCCCAUUCCGCCGCAAAACUUCGUGCGGUUCUCAGGACAGAGUCCUGCGCCUGGUGCAGUGAAUAUGGUCCCUUCUUGUUUCUCCCUACGUGUGAGAGAUGCUGCUACGAAUGUCAACGCUCAAAUCCUUCUCUCUGGGUGAUGACGGCCGACCUGGCGAGAUACUGCUUUAAAAUCAGCACUCCUAAGCUGCGAGAGAUCCCUGUCAUGCGAAGUAUCUAUGGAGUUUACGACGUUUCACACGAGCUCUCUCGUCAUCGACGACUGAAGCUGGUCAGCGUCAGAGCCGCAAAGGAGCUGUCGUUGGCCACUUCAGGCUCGCCAGCGGCAACUGUUUCCAACCAGCGAAACAACGCACACCUAGCACAUUUCCAAAACGCACCUCUCGAGCCAGCAGCGCAGGAUGAUGAAUCCGGAGUAAAGUCACGUAUCAAUUACUGUUCUCAGACCGACGAGUGCUGCGGCAUGGGGUCUAUUUGCUUCCCUUCUCUGCAGCCAGACAAUAGUGUAGAACGAGGCCUUUGGUGCCGGGGAUGUUUCCGAGCCUCUGAGCAGUAUCGCUUCUCGAGUCUGGCUACCGGUCACGCUAUACAGAAUGUUCAUCCGCCCCGGGCACUGAUAGGGACCAACCUAUGUGCCCGAUCAAAGAAACAAUUUCUGGAGCAUAUCAAAAAUUGCGAUGGAUCUCUGGAGUUGCAGGCUAAUUUAAGGAGAGGACUACAGAAUUAA